AUGGCGGACGCCUGGGAAGAGAUCAGGCGGUUGGCGGCCGACUUCCAGAGGGCGCAGUUUGCGGAGGCCACGCAGAGAUUGUCAGAACGGAACUGCAUUGAAAUUGUGAAUAAGUUGAUUGCUCAGAAGCAGCUAGAAGUAGUUCACACACUUGAUGGGAAGGAAUAUAUUACCCCGGCCCAAAUUAGUAAAGAAAUGAGAGAUGAGCUACAUGUUCGUGGUGGUCGAGUAAACAUUGUUGAUCUACAACAGGCUAUUAAUGUGGACCUUACUCAUAUUGAAAAUAGAGUUAGUGACAUCAUUAAGUCAGAAAAGCAGGUUCAGUUAGUGUUGGGACAACUGAUAGAUGAGACCUAUUUGGAUCGGUUAGCAGAAGAGGUAAAUGAUAAAUUGCAAGAAAGUGGUCAGGUAACCAUAUCAGAGCUGUGUAAGACCUAUGAUCUUCCUGGAAACUUCCUGACACAGGCAUUAACUCAGCGACUAGGCAGAAUUAUUAAUGGGCACAUUGAUCUUGAUAACAGAGGAGUAAUUUUCACUGAAGCUUUUGUAGCUCGACAUAAAGCACGCAUCCGAGGACUCUUCAGUGCUAUUACUCGGCCUACAGCAGUUAAUCCUUUGAUUUCAAAAUACGGAUUUCAGGAGCAGCUCCUUUACUCUGUGCUUGAAGAACUUGUUAAUAGUGGACGCUUACGCGGUACUGUGGUUGGUGGGAGACAAGACAAAGCUGUGUUCAUCCCUGACAUCUACUCAAGGACACAGAGUACUUGGGUGGACUCCUUUUUCAGGCAGAAUGGCUAUCUAGAAUUUGAUGCUUUAUCCAGACUUGGAAUCCCAGAUGCUGUAAGCUACAUAAAAAAAAGAUAUAAGAAUACACAGCUCUUGUUUUUGAAAGCAGCUUGUGUUGGUCAGGGACUUGUGGAUCAGGUGGAAGCAUCAGUAGAGGAAGCCAUCAGCUCUGGAACCUGGGUUGAUAUUGCACCUCUGCUACCCAGUUCUUUGUCAGUUGAAGAUGCGGCAAUGUUGCUUCAACAAGUGAUGAGAGCAUUCAGCAAACAGGCUUCAGCUGUUGUUUUUAGUGACACUGUUGUAGUCAGUGAAAAAUUUAUAAAUGACUGUAUAGAACUGUUCAGUGAACUGAUGCACCAAAAAGCUGAAAAGGAAAUGAAAAAUAACCCUGUUUAUUUAAUCACUGAAGAAGAUCUGAAGCAAAUCUCCAUCUUAGAAACCAGUAAUACAAGUAAAAAAGAUAAAAAAGAUGAACGAAGAAGGAAAGCAACAGAGGGCAGUGGAAGUGUGAGAGGAGGUGGUGGUAGCAAUGCCAGAGAGUACAAGAUAAAAAAGACUAAGAAGAAAGGAAGAAAGGACGAUGAUAGUGAUGAUGAGUCUCAGUCAUCUCACCCUGGAAAGAAGAAGCCAGAGAUCACUUUUAUGUUCCAGGAUGAAGUUGAAGAUUUUUUAAGAAAACGCAUACAAGAUGCCCCUGAAGAGUUUCUUUCUGAACUUGCUGAAUACUUAAUAAAGCCUCUUAAUAAAAUGUAUCUGGAGGUGGUACGUUCAGUAUUCUUGUCUUCAAGUUCUGCUGUUGGAACUGGUAGAAAACGCACAAUCAAGGAUUUGCAAGAAGAGGUUUCAAACCUAUACAAUAAUAUUCGAUUAUUUGAAAAAGGGAUGAAAUUUUUUGCAGAUGAUACACAGGCUGCUCUUACUAAACAUUUACUGAAGACAGUUUGUACAGAUAUCACUAACCUCAUUUUCAACUUCUUAGCUUCGGAUUUAAUGAUGUCAGUAGAUGAUCCUGCAACCAUUACAAAUGAAAUGAGAAAAAAGAUUUUAAGUAAAUUAUCAGAAGAAACCAAAGUAUCUCUCACAAAACUUCAUAAUUCUCUGAAUGAAAAGAGCAUAGAAGACUUUCUUUCUUGUCUGGAUUCUGCAACAGAAGCUUGUGAUGUUAUGGUGAAAAGGGGAGACAAAAAAAGAGAAAGACAGAUAAUGUUCCAGCAUCGGCAAGCACUUGCAGAACAGCUGAAAGUCACAGAGGAUCCUGCUCUUAUUUUGCACCUCACAUCAGUCCUAUUAUUUCAGUUCUCAACUCACAGCAUGCUUCAUGCACCUGGAAGAUGUGUUCCGCAAAUCAUUGCUUUUCUUAACCACAAAAUUCCAGAGGAUCAGCAUACUCUUUUGGUAAAGUAUCAAGGUCUGGUUGUAAAACAGCUGGUUAAUCAGAAUAAAAAGACUGGGCAGGGUGACGAUCUCAUGAAUAAUGAACUAGGCAAAGAACAAGAAGAUAGCACCGACACCACUCGUAAAGAGCUUCAGGAACUUUCCUCGUCCAUUAAAGACCUUGUUCUCAAAUCCAGAAAAUCUUCGGUAACAGAGGAGUAA